AUGACUGACCUGCGUAUGACUGAGCGCCCGGGCUUUACUGGGAAACUCAACGAGAAAAUCCUGGAGCGCGUCCGAUUCCUGGCAGGAGAGCUGCAGAUACCUGACCUCGAGUCGAAGUUCCCCCACUUGAAAGUGACGGACGGCUCAUGGCGCCCACCGCUUCCGGGUGAUGAUGUCAACUUGGCUGCCUACAUUGACCACACGCAGCUUAAGCAGGAGGCGCCAAUGGCAGACAUUGUGAAGCUCUGUGAGGAGGCGAGGCAGUACAAAUUUUAUGCAGUUUGUGUGAACAGUUCUCGCGUGAAGCUUUGCGUGGAGAAGCUGCGUGGCACAGGCAUCAAGACUGGCGCAUCAUGUGGCUUUCCCCUUGGGGCAUGCAGUACCGCAGCGAAAGUAGCGGAGGCGAAGACGAUGGUGCAGGAAGGCGCGGAGGAUAUGGAUAUGGUGCUGAACGUUGGUGCGCUGAAGGACAAGGACUACCGUUAUGUCCUGGAAGACAUUAAGGCAGUCCUUGCUGUGUGCCCACCGCACGUGACGACAAAAGUUAUCUUUGAAACGUGCCUCUUGACGGAGGAAGAGAUUAUUGACUGUGCCAUCAUCUCUGUUGUGGCGGGCGCAAGUUUUGUAAAGACAUCCACUGGGUUUAACAGCGGUGGUGGGGCCACACCGGAGGCCAUUGAUGUCAUGCUCGCCGUUGUUGGCAAGGCUGCGAAGGUGAAGGCGAGUGGUGGUGUGCGGGAUCGGUUCACAGCCUUGCAGUACGUGAAGGCAGGUGUUUCCCGCUUAGGCACAAGUAGCAGCAUCGCCAUCGCCACGUGCAAGUGA